UCUUGAUCGUGUUUUGACCAUGCAUCUCUUUACGAUAUACAUAUAUCAGGCGCCCACGAUGCACAUACCUAUUUCCUCAUUAUUAUAUUCACUGCCGCCGUAACAAUGGGUCGUCGUCGCCAGGUAGCCCUCGCCAAGAGUAUACAAUUUGCGCUCUUCCGUGAUCCCAAAGCAUUUCGCAAGACCUUGAUUGGACGGAUCAUUGCCUUCUUCAGUAUAUUCUACCUGAAGCUUCUUAGAUAUGAGCCGGAUGUGUUCCGAAAGCUGCGAAAUGAGAUCUGGGAGAUCUCAGAGGAACAAUAUAGAGCCUGCUUCUUAAAUAGAGAAGACAAGGCGCUUCCUCUCCUGCCGAUGGGAGAUCUAGGCUUUUCUGGAUCAACAUUCUUCAGCACGUCAAACUCCGCAUUCCUCGUCAAGAGCCUCCCCCGACACUUCGAACAUUCCUUCUUCCGCCAUGACCUCUUCCAACCUUACUACGAAUACAUAACCACUCACCCAGACUCCAUCCUUGUCUGGAUCACGGAUUAUAUCUACGCCGCGUACACAUCACUGGGAACCCUCGUAAAAACGACCCCAGCGCACCAUAUCAUCAUGGAGAACAUGCUAUGCGGGAAGGAGAAGGAUCCAGCCGCCGAGAAGUGGGAGACCUACGACCUGAAACCAAUUGACUAUUUCUUUCCCGAGCGGGAUCUAGUCCCCGAUCCGCUCGUCAGCCAAGAAACCUUAAGUCGACUGGCAGACGACUUUCCAGAUAAGAUCCGGCUGACGCAAUCGGACUACGAUGAUAUGAAGCGGAUGAUAGAGGCCGACACGGCAUUUCUUGCGUCGGCGAACGCGGUGGACUAUUCUCUGUUUCUGGUCCGCUUUCCGGCUUCCUCUAACCCCGAUGUCAUUGGGAAAAAGAGUAAGUGGCGUAUUGGGUUGGCGUCCACGGAUGGGAAAUGGAAGUAUCGUGCGGUGCUGUUGGAUUUCUUCUGGGCCAAGCAUAAGUUGCAUGCGCAGGCGAUGACGGGAGUCGUCCAGACAUUCAAUGUCAUUGGCCGUCAAGGGCCGAUGACGAUUACCACGACGGCUGAUGAGUAUCGGGAGAAGUUCCUGGCUCUGAUGGAUUCCAUCAUGGAGGUUUAUGAACCUUGAAGACACUCCUCCGAUUGCUCAGAACCCCUUGAUCUGCCUGCCCUGUGUAGGCAUAAUAAGUCAUUGUCUAAUACUUCAAGUUAUUGUUUAGACCACAGGUCUGGUCCACGGUGCAUGAAUAUACUUUCUAAAGAGAUUAGGUAAGAUUUUAAAGGAGAUCACAUUACUAUAAUUGUCUCAG